AUGGUACAGUCAGUUGGCCUGUGGAGCUGCGAGAGAGCUCUGGGCAGCUGGCCGAAGGAUGUGUGUCUCUCUGCAGGUGAUGACUCCAUCAGUACCCUGGGCCUGAUCCUCUGUGUCGGGCUUUCGCUGCUGCUCGUGUCCAUCCUCGGCUACAGCCUGGCCAGGUGGUACCAGCGUGGGUACUGCUGGGAGGGGCCUAAUUUUGUCUUCAACUUGUACCAAAUCCGGAACGUGAAGGAUCUGGAGAUGGGUCCACCCUUCACCAUUAGCAGCCACAUCAGCAGUCUGGAUGGCGGCUACAUGAAGUUCUCCGACAGGCUGGUCUGA